UCAACACUGCUUCUCAAUCUUUUCUCGUGUUGUUUAAGAAACCUCUCCAGAACUAUUUCACCUCACAGCAGUAAAUUGAUCUAGGAAAGGAACCAAUUCUAAGGAAUUUACACGUGCUAUUACAAUUCAUGGAAUACUUAUGAAGCAAUGGCUAUGAUCUCUCGCUCUGAAGGAUUCGCCAAUGCCUUCUUGGCCUUCUUGAAUCCUAACCAGGAUAUUAAGGACAUCACAGAAGCACCGCCAAUUUCUCAGAAACUCUCCAUUCCCUUCAAUGCAGAACCGCCAAAGCCAAAGAGAGGAAAAAGGAAACAGAAAACAGCCGAUGAUCUUUUGGAUGAAGAUGACAUCCCAGUGCUGAAUAUCAUUCCCAAUCGACAAGAAGGGCAGGAAAGUGAAGUCGUAGAUGAUCCACCACCUCAAGAAGAGAUAGCAUAUAAGACAUCCAAGAAACGCGGAGCCAUUCAAGCCUCCAAAAAGACGCCAUCUCCGAGAGGCCGAGCUAAAAAGACCGAGGAAGUAGAGGAAGAAACCAUAGAAUCCAAAGGAGAGGAUGAAUCCGAUGAAGAGGAUGAAUCCGAUGUAGAAGAAGUGACAAAAGAACUUACCGAUGGCAGUGACUUCGAAGUUGAAUUGAAGGAAGCCCCGAACAGGCGGAAUGUCUCCACCAGACGCAGCGCAAGAGUAACUCGAAAAUCUUUCGCCCAUUUAUUAAAAGAUGACGAUACCGAUGAAACAGAUUCCGACGACAUCGUUGAAGUGCCUUCCAGUCCCAUCAAGGGCAAAGGCAAGCCUAGCAGUCCGAUCGCCAAGUCCCAAAACGAUGCCAAGAAGCAAAUUCAUGACGCAAAAAAUCCCAAGGAUGCACCCAAAGCAAAAACAGCUUUGACCAAAUCCAAACAGACUGGACGACGACAGUCGCUUGCGUCUAAAGUCGGUUCAUCGAAUCAAAGCAAUGAUUCUGCAGAAGAAAACACCGUAAAAAAAGAGGAAGAAUCAACGCAAGUACUUGAUGGACCCGCCCAGAACAAAACCGUCAUUGAGAAUACGAGAGGACGAAAGAGAAAAGUAGACCCAACGAAAGAAAACCCUCAACCACAGCCAAUUUCUCAGGCUGAGACUGAUGUUCGACCUAGAAGUGUAAGAGCCAGACAGCCAACGAGAAAAGUGUCAAUGGACUUGGACGACGAACCUUUGGCUAAAUCUGUUAGGAUGUCGAAAAGUGCACGGAAACAAAAUUCCCUUGCAAAGACCCCGGAAAAAGAUGUUCAAGAACUCAAGAAGAGUACUUCCAAGCAAUCUGAUGACCACAAGUUGCAGAAAUCCACACCAACUUUAAAGAUAAAGCCUCAAGCUGGACUUGAAAUACGGAAAAUCGAAGAAAGAACAGAAACUCCCAGCAAACGUGAAAGAACUCUCAAAGUAGGCGAAUCUGAAUCGAAAUCACCUGAAAACUCAACUGGCUUCCAAUCUCAGUCCAGCACUUCUGUCACUUUCCCCUCUAAAGCACAGUUGGCCGACCAACUUGCUGAAAACGCUGCCAAGGAUGCCAAUCUUAAAUCCUCCUCCAAUGUUGUCGCCAUCACUUGCUCGAGAUGCGCGAAAAGCGUUGCCACUGAGCAAGAGCUUAUGUCACAUUUCAAUGAAGUCCACAGAGCAGAGAUACUCAAAGCCAAUCAAUCAAAGGUCAAAAUCAAAUCCAUGACCAAACUCCACGCCUGUCCCCAUUGUCCCUACAAGACCGAAUGGGAAAGCAGUCUUGGGAUUCAUUUGAAAUUGUCACACGGGAACGCCCCCAAGACUUCUAAAACAAUGACUGGGGAUCUCUGAUUAUUGUCCUUACUCGAGCUUCGCACAUCCUAGAAUCUAGAGGUUGCUUCUUGUUUGGAACUAACCAACUAAAAUCGCAUUUAUAUGUCGCUCUUAGUGAUUCUAUCACAAAUGAUUAUUUCCGAAAAACGAUAUCUCAAUAUAUUAAAGUCUAUCUGUACCGGUAAUUUGAAUCUGAAAAUAUGGGCGCUUAGAUUUACUCCCGGGACGAUCUAAAGCGGAAAUUCCCAUG